CUUGUUGCCUACUUCCCAGUUAACUUUUGUUAAGUCUCAAAAUUGAACAACACCCCUACUCCAAAUUUGUGUGUCCCCAUUUUCUCUCUCCGGAAUUCCCCCUUUUCUCAUUCACACUCAUACUCUGCAUCUCUCCUUCUGUAGGCAGAGGAAAGGAAACGGGGGGCAGUGGGUGACGCCGGACACCGGCCGCCGAGGGGUGCCAAUGGAAUCCAAUGAGCAGGGUGGCGCGGGGCAAGGAGCAGGAAACACGGACUUCCAUCUCCCCGACGAGAUACUGUCCGUCAUACCCACUGACCCGUACGACCAGCUUGAUCUCGCCCGCAAGAUAACCUCCAUGGCUAUCGCUUCCAGGGUCUCCUCCCUCGAGUCCGAUGCCGGCCGCCUCCGUCAGAAGCUUCUCGACAAGGACCGCCUCAUCUACGACCUCCAGGAGCGCGUUUCCGCCCUCACCCAUGCCUGCCAGGAAGCUGAUUCCAGGUGCAAGGCUGCUCUUGAUGAAAAUAUGAAGCUUUCGAAGGAGAGAGACCAAUUAGCAGCAACAGUGAAAAAGCUAAGUCGAGACUUUGCAAAGUUGGAGUCAUUUAAGAAACAACUGAUGCAGUCAUUGACUGAUGACAGUCCAUCUCAAGCCGAGACCAUAGAUAUUGGAACCUGUGACCAAUCAGUUCCAAAGGCAUAUCCUGAUAAGGAUGAUGUUGCAAGUGGCUAUACAGUAUAUCAUUCAUAUGGUGGUCCUGCAGAUGUUGGUAAAACAAGGGAUGAAGCUUCCAGGUAUUCUGGUCAAAGGUUUUCUUUGACCCCAUAUAUCACACCACGCCUUACUCCAACAGGAACUCCAAAGGUGAUCUCAACAACUGAAUCUCCUAGAGGUUAUUCUGCUGCUGGUUCACCCAAGAAAACCUCUGGUACUAUCUCUCCUACAAAACUUCCUUAUGAAGCACGAUCAUCUCUGUCUGCGUGGUAUUCAUCUAGUCAGCAGUCAUCAGCGGCAAACUCUCCACCUCGGGGUCGAUCUGUUCCAGGUCGUACCCCGAAGAUAGAUGGAAAGGAUUUUUUUCGUCAAGCUAGGAGUCGUCUUUCAUAUGAGCAGUUUAGUGCAUUUCUUGCUAACAUAAAGGAAUUAAAUGCUCAGAAGCAAACACGAGAGGAAACUUUAAGAAAAGCUGAUGAGAUAUUCGGGGCAGACAACAAAGAUCUUUACCUAUCUUUUCAAGGACUUCUUAAUCGGAAUGUACGUUAGUUGAUACUGAAAGCAACUUGGCCAGGAAUCAUUUAAACUGGUUGUCUGGCAAAGAUGUAAAUUGUUGAGUAGCGCAAGCGGAGCACUACUCCAAGGUGGCUUGGGUUCCGGCUAGUGAUCGAGUAUAUGUGGCGUUGGAGGCUUUGGACGGGAAGGCUCAGACAUGGUCUUAAUGGUGGGGGAUUGGACUAUGUUUCCAACUUGGACGAGAUUCCAAUCGGAUUUGCUUUGUCGAUUUCCACCUAAUGUAGUCCAGAAAGCAUCGAGUCGACUACAUCAAGUGAAGACACAAAUUAUAGCUCGCCAAUAUUUAAGCUCAGAUCUGAAGGUUACAGGGAACGUGAAGGUUCUGGAAGAAAGGGAUGAGGCGAAAGAAAAGACGAGAGGGAACGAGAUCGUCCUGCAUCAGUUGUUGUUACCACCUGAAUUUCCGGUGCGACCAUCCAAAGCGAAUGACGAGGUUGCUGUGCGGAGGAUGACACUACACAACACCUCCCUAGCAAUUACACUAGUGUGUGUGUGUGUGAGAGAAAGCGAGAGAGAGAGAGUUGAGCUCAAGGAGUUUCAGCUCCUCAGCUUCCAUUCCACUGUCUUCUAUUGUCUACUGUAACCUCUACUUUAUCUACUACCGUACACUCUA